GGCACAACGGGCUGAACGGCCAGAACGGCCAAAGAUUUUUAGUGACCCGAAUUAACCUUCUUGGGGAUCCUUGGAUGUUGCGCAGACCCCCACCAAUCCAUUAUCGAGACCCAUUAAAUCUUGCAAGCCUGUUCCCUGUCCCGCCCCUCUGGUCCGUCCAAGAUCAGUAAGCCCUACGUCAAUCCACCCCGCCAUACCUUUCCUCGCAGUCUCGUCAUUGUUCUUUCCUUUAUUCUUCGUCACGUCGAUGUACGUUAUUAAUGAUACUAACACCAGACAUGAACAACCUUGUAACUAAUAACUUAACCUAAACAUCUUUUCGCCACAUGUGAAUAAGACCCAGACUGAAUGGCCGCAAAGCCUUCGUCUUCUUGUUUCGCUCAUACCUAAAACACACGAUAUUCGUACCUAUACAUACUAUAUGGAUCAAAAACUUUAGUCCUUUUCCCUUGUCAUGGUCAAUUGACAAGCGCCUGUCAGUCCAAUAACGAAACAACCAGCUUCGACGCCAAGGACCUUAGUGGCUAGACUACCCAGAUCCUUAAGCAUAUCCAUACCUGGUACUGCUAGGUACUAAUGACGAAUGAACACACCUUAGGCACGAGGGGUAUUCUAUGACCACAUCAUUAUCAGCACUCGCGAUGCCGGGAAAACAGCCCAAUCUAUUCGCUUUCAGCGACGUCGACGCCUUAGCACCAGCCCUGCGAUCAUAUAUUAUCACAGCUCAAAACGCCGGUAUCACGCGCCAUGGCGUCUUCAAGGUUGCCGUUUCCGGUGGCUCGCUACCUAAUACCCUUGCGAAAGCCCUUCUAGGCACCCCGAAAUCCGAGGAAGAUUCUGUCAAGUUUGACAAGUGGGAAAUAUUCUUCGCCGACGAGCGAGCUGUGCCUCUCGAUCAUGAAGAAAGCAACUUCGGACUACUCAAGAGAGAGCUGCUAGACAAGAUCCCCCCUGAGCUAGGAGCACCUACUAUACACGCCAUUGACACCCAGUAUCUGGACGACACGCAAGAGCUGGCAGAUCGGUAUGAGAAAACCCUUGUCGGUUCGUUUGCCAAGGGUGAUUCCGUCAAGCUUCCCAUCUUCGAUUUAUUACUCCUCGGUACCGGCCCAGAUGGCCACACCUGCAGUCUUUUCCCAGGUCACCCGCUCUUACGUGAGACGGACGCGUGGGUAGCUCCUAUUGAAGACUCACCUAAGCCGCCACCCCGACGUAUCACCCUAACUCUCCCCGUCGUUACACAUGCCGUUAAGGUCGCCUUCGUCGCCACGGGUCCUGCAAAGAAGGAGAUUAUGAAGGAGAUAUUCGAGCAAGGAAACGGCCUUCCAUGCGCAAUCGUUAACGAAGCGACGGGUGAGCGAUGCAGCUGGUUCACCGACAACGCUGCCGUAGAGGGCGUCAGCUUCCCCCGGCGCGGGUUCCUUUAGAAGCUGAUAUCCUAGGGCUGAAAGUGAAUAUGCUGCCGGGCGUGGCGUUUUGCUAAGGGGAUCGACAGGUCGGAGGGGAAAAGAUGGGAGAGGUACUGGCGUCCACAAGCGGCUUAUGAAUGUUAUGUGUUCGACUGAUGACGUUAUUAAUCUAAGUUAGAGUGACGAUGGGUGGUGGUAUUUACGGCCAUGAUGAAACGUGCGCAUUUAAUUAAUGCAUCGCCACGCCCACUCUGUUGAGGUGUGAUCGAGGUGUCUAUCAGACAGGAUUCUGGUACUGAGCACGCAGAUUUAUUCUUUUAGAGAAGUUCUCGAUUUAGACCUUCUUUUCGCAAAGAGGGAUUUUGGAAUAUUGAUUAUAUUUUAUCAUAAGUCCUUCGGAAGGUUGUAGGAUUUUGACUUGUGUUGUCUUACGAUUGCUAUACGUCGUGUUGAUGUUACCUCGAUGAGUGUGAUAAUGGUUCCUCGGAAUUUGCCUGAAGUCAGGUAAGGAGACCAAGUGGCGUGAUAGGUAGGUAUAAGUUAGCCAAAUACUACAUAAUUCGCUUUAAAGAAAAAAAAACCAAAAAAAAAA